AUGGCAGAGGAGAGCAAUCAGAGGAGCUACAUCGGCGAGUUCGAGGAGGUUGAUGACCACCGCUCCGGCAAGAUCGUUGUCCAGCUCAACGGCCGCCUCAACAAGUGCGGUGUCAUCUCCCCCCGCUACAACGUCCGUCUCGCCGACCUCGAGAAGUGGGUCGUCAAGCUGCUGCCCGCCCGUCAGUUCGGCUAUGUCAUCCUGACCACCUCCGCUGGUAUCAUGGACCACGAGGAGGCCCGUCGCAAGCACGUUGCCGGCAAGAUCAUCGGCUUCUUCUACUAG